GGUAUAUAUAGCUCAGUGAUAGAAAGAAAAUGUCGGACGCAUAUGAAAUUGUUGGUGGUUCUCUCAAGUUAAAAGGUGUCAAAGAUGGAGGAGUAAAGAAAAAGUUAGCAAUUUUUUUUAAUUAGAAAUCGUAUUAAGCAUGAUUUCUUUAAAGUUUUGUAAAAAUCACACAGUUUCCUUUGAUCUUUGUGGGUAAAAAACAACAACAUUUCUGGUCCAACUUUAUUUUUUAGUAAUUUUACUAUGUGUCUGUGUCUAACCAGUCUAUAAUUAACAGACUAUUUAAUACAAGAUUAUUUUACUGGUUAAGUGAAGAGUCAGCGAAGCAUGAGAAAAAUAAACUUCAUGCACAAGCACAUUAUAUUCUUGGGUUGCGAGGAACUAAACCCAUUAAGUGCCAGCGUUUGGCAUUCUAGAGUAAAACAAGACGCCUGCUCAGGGCCAUUGCAUUUAAUAUCCACACCCCCAUACGGGUGAGUUUUUCUGAAGGGUUACUCAAAAGUCGUUUCUGAGGGGUUAAGCCUGUCGGCAUCCUUUGAUCUCAGCGAUAUUUCUGAGGGGUAAGGGGUCAAGGGGAAAAUGUUCAAAUUUCUGAGGGGUGUUUUGUGUCGGCACUUUGAUCUUUUUUUCUUAGGGGUUAAAAUUUCACUGACUUCAUCCGUAGGGGGAGGGGGUGGAUAUUAAAUGGAAUGGCCCUCAGGUGUUCACACUGGCCUCGCGGUUGGUAAAAUACCAUCGCAAUAUUCUAAAAAAUAAUUUGAAACAUGUAGAUGUUCUUCACUUCUUGACGGCUGUCACUUCAUGAUCACAUACAUUCAGAGGACGGCACAAUAAAAAUCCAUACAAAACCAAUAGAAUUCAGUGAUAUCAUAUCGAAAAAGACAGAAAAGUUCAAGUGCAUGUGCAAUGAAAUAUAAUAAAAUAUGUCCCACAAUUACAGCGUCUAAGAUUUGUAACGUGGUUUUAAAUACGAUAUUCUGAUUAACAUUGUGUAGAAUUGGUCCUAAUCAGUUGCAACAAAAAAAACCCCCUGAAAAAGACAGCAUUUUCAGCAAGGGCAUUCUAUGACACUGGCUACGGCCAGUGUAAUAAUAAAGUGAGUGCAUUGGGGUGCAAUGCAACUUAAUGGGUUCAUUAGACACAUGGGCAGAUUAUUAAUGGAUUAACCCAUUCGAUCAGCACCAGCGCUCUCCCCAGUACAAGUACAAUAUUCUUCAGUGUGGAAAGUUUGUAUCGCACGGCGGAGAUAUCGGCCGCACAAUUUUGAUGCUUUCUAUAUAUUUUAUAUACUAUUAAAUUUUUGAAAUCUCUGGCGUGCAAUUUCCAAAUUUUCCAGUCAGGGAUAUUCUGGCAUUAGAAAUGGGACUUCAUGGGUUAACAAAAGAAUCUCGUUAUAAUCAUCUAAUGUAUUCAGAGGAUUUUUUUCCAGUAUUGUCACUAUGUCUUUGUUUUAUGAAUCUCAGUAGAUUGAUUGCAACCCAUUCAUUAGUUAGGGUUGUAAAUUACUGUAAUUGUCUGAAAUCCUAGUUGUCUGAAACUUAAGCCAGUAUAGUAGACCCUUCCUGGAAAAUUUGGUGGUUUUUACUAACCCCCUCAGAAAUUUUGUUUUGGCUAUUGGUUCACAGAAUUUAUUGUUGAACACUAGUAAGAGGGCCCCCUAUACUUUUUGCGUGAAGCGUGAAGGGCUUAUUUUACUUAGCCGUGAAACGUGAUUGGCCCCCCUAUAAUUUUUGCGUGAAGCGUGAAUGGCUUAUUUUACUUAGCCGUGAAACGUGAUCGAUGAUUUUCUUAAUCCGUGACUCGUGAAAAAGCAAAAUAUUUUUACGUGAAAGCAUAUUAUGAAGAGGUAUAGGGGGCCCUCUAGUAAUCCUGACUCGUAUUUUUAGGACUCCUUGGCAACCUUAAAAAAGUUCUUGACCCCUUUGGAAAUUGUGAUUUGUCAAUAACACUUCAGAAAUUACAAAUUUGAUAUUUGCUUGAAAAACUUUGUCAUCCCCAAAAUAUAGAAAGAAGAAAAGUAAGAAGAAAAAAGAAGAAGCUUGGAAGAUAGAAGUUCCAAGACAAGUUGAGGAAGAAUCAGAAAUGACAUCAAAGCCAAAGGAUAAAAGAACAUCUGCUCAGAUAGCAUUUGAUAGAAUACAAGAAAAAAGAGUUAAGUAUAUGUAGCUUUGCCAAUUAGUGAAUUAUAAUGCUUUUUGAAUGUAUUAUCUGUAGUAUAUACUAGUACUACUGACAGUACAUGACUGUAUGUAUUUUAUUCAUAUAAAGCACUUACUAAUGAGGUUCAAAUUUAACUUCCACUAUGACUUGGUCAUGCUUGACCAAGCCAAAUGACUUGGUCAUGCUAAAUGUUUUAAGUGCUGAAGAUGUGAGACACCUAAGGGGAUACGGAGGUAUGCCGCCCCGGAACAUUUUUUUGAAAAUUAGAAUCAGGAAAUGCCAUUUCCUGCAAUUUGGGCAUUGAAUUCUGCACUCCAGUUUGACCUGAAGGAGGGGCAAAACCUUGGCAAAUUAACCAUAUUUUAGAAUUUUAUUUUAAACAUACGACGAUUCAAUCACCAAUUUGAUGAAGCAUCACUCGAAAGUAAAAAGCCAUUGAACCCAAAUAAAAUUCUAUUGUCACCUUGGGAGGUUAACACACGCAAUAAAAAUGUUCCUUUAUUAAAUUGACUAGAGAUGUUUGAAUUCAAUGACCAGUGUUCUCCAAUUUCCCAUCUACUGUGCUCACAAAUUUCUGUAGUAGAAUAAUCAUCAAUCAUGCAGAAUCGAAUCGUGUUUUCGGAAUUUCCAUCUACUGUGCACACAUGCCAGCAUGUACUCACUUUAAAGUAAAUUUGUGUGUCGUAAAAGUAAAGUGUCGAUUGCAUACAAUUACACAAAUCACUAUGAAAAAUGUUGACACAUUUUAUUUUCGGCCAUUUUAUGAUAUCAAAAGCUAAUUAAAAUAAAUCAUUGUAAUAUGAUUAUUUAAGAUUUAAAAGCAUUAAAAGUGUAUUUAUUGUGAUUUUUGCUGUUGUAAGCUAGCUUUAUUAUAAGCUAGCUUGAUGCAAAUCGAGAUUGGCAUGACCAAAAAAUUCUGGACGGCCAUACUGGGCAUGCGUGAGCGACAGUUAUCCAAUCAGAAUCCAGUGUUUCUUGUAUAAAAUAAUAUAGCUAGUCAUGCUCUUCACAAGAAGCAUGACCAAGAAAUACAACACGUGCAAAACAAAGGGCACAGUUGCUUGGUAACAAGCCAGUAAUGCAACAAAAUUGCAUAAUAUUAGGCUACAACUGUUGUUUUACUUUUUAACAAACUACUAUUUAACAAAUUUAACUAGAUGGAAGCAAUGUGUCGUAAACUCGGCACAACCACAACAGAUAUUUAUUGCAAGAAGACAAGAAUUAUAGUUAUAAUGCAUAUUUUCAUAUUUUUUGAAAAUGUUUGGUCAUGCCCAGCAUGACUAUAAGCACAACUGUCAGCUUCGCCACUGACUACCACUAUGAGGUGUAUUUGUAACUUACAUAAUUUUUAUAAUUUACCUAAUUUAAUUAACCAAUCAGAUGUGUACUAAGCCAGUGAGUGGUAGUGCAAGUCAAAUCUGAACCUCUCUGAUGUUAUGUCUUUAUUUUUGUUCAGGCAACUGAUCGCAUUUUGACCAAAGCUUCUCAAAGUCAUAAAGAAAGAGUAGCAGUAAGUAGGAAACAAAUGAAUAUUGAAUGUUAUGGGUGGUGCUAAACCGGGACAACAAGAAUUUUUCCAUGAUGUUGGAUGAAUUUAGAAUUGCAAAUUAGGAAAAUCUUUUGUCAAAUUCAUCCAAAAUGGUAAUGAUGACAUAUCGACAUACCUGUAACUUGCACACUAAGAAUGGUCAGAUUUUAUUUGUUGGACGGUGUUUCCCAUUGGGAAAUUUAUUGCCAAUUAGUUAAUUAAUUCACUUAAUUGUAUGUUUCUCUUGUUUUACAGGAGUUCAAUGAAAGACUUGAUAAGCUAACUGAACAUUAUGACAUUCCAAAAGUUAGCUGGACCAAAUAAAUCGAGGACAAGGAUAAUUUUAUCCUUUGGAUUGCUGACAUGCUGGAAUUUUGGGACAAAGAGCUAACUGCAUGAAAUAGUUCAAUGGAAUUUGCCAUACUGUAAAUUUCAUAAAUAUGAUUAGUUUGCAAUACCCUACUGUAUAGAAAUUGGAUUUUGGAAUCAGCUGCAACUUGUGACUGGAUAACAUACUGUCUGGGUAAAUGUUUGCAACAUAACAGUACAACCAACCAAAUUUAUUGUACAUAUAAUUGCUUUAUUAUUUUAAAUAUAUUUUGUAGAGUAAUCACUAGCCACAAAACUGAUAAACUACACUAUCUUAAAAUGUAUCAUCAAGUUUUAAAUUAGGAGCUAUGUUUUGAAUCAUUAUCUUAGCUCUUUCUUUACUAUUUCUGAUUGUUUUAAUUGUUUCUUCAAUCAAUGUUAACUUGUCUUUUUCUUCAUCAUAGCAUUUCUCUAAAGCAUGACAAUUCGAUGAAGAUUCUUUUAUAAGUUCUUCAUUUUGAUGAUAUUCCAGUUCUAAUUCUUUUAUUUUAUUCUGAAUGUCACUAUUUUCCUUUUCUAGUUUUCUUGCAACUCUCUUCUCUUUUAACAUAUCCUCUGUUAUGGAUUCCAUGGAAUUCAAUAUCCUGUCAGCUUCAUCUAUAGUUAAAU